AUGGCGGCGGCCGCGCUGACGUCACGCGGCAGCAUGGCGGCCGCCGGCCUGCUCUGGCUGGCGGUCGCGUUGGGGCCGGUGUUGGCCGCGUCGCGCUACCGCCCGGACUGGGCCAGCCUGGACGCGAGGCCGCUGCCUGCCUGGUUCGACCAGGCCAAGGUGGGGGUGUUUGUGCACUGGGGGGUGUUCUCCGUCCCGGCCUGGGGCUCCGAGUGGUUCUGGUGGCACUGGCAGGGCGAGCACCGCGCCGACUACGAGCGCUUCGUACAGCGCCGGUACCCCCCCGACACCACCUACACGGACUUCGCGCCCCGCUUCACCGCCCACGACUUCCAGCCCCGCGAGUGGGCACAGCUCUUCCAGCGGGCUGGCGCCAGGUACGUGGUGCUGACCACAAAGCAUCAUGAAGGCUUCACCAACUGGGGGUCACCCAUGUCCUGGAACUGGAAUUCUCUGGAUACAGGGCCCCACCGAGAUCUUGUAGGAGAGCUGGGACAAGCCCUCAGGGAGAGUAACAUACGCUAUGGACUGUAUCAUUCUCUGUUAGAGUGGUUUAAUCCACUCUAUCUAGCUGACAAAGAAAGCGGCUUCAAGACCCAGAACUUCGUUUUAAAGAAGACCAUGCCAGAACUUUAUGAUCUUGUCUUAAAAUAUAAACCAGAUUUGAUUUGGUCGGAUGGAGACUGGGAAGCUCCGGAAUCAUACUGGAAUUCUACCUCUUUCCUUGCCUGGCUUUAUAACGAUAGUCCCGUCAAGGACACCGUUGUUGUUAAUGAUCGUUGGUGUAAUAACUGCUCUUGCCAUCAUGGAGGCUACUACAAUUGUGCUGACAAAUACAAGCCAGGGACCCUGCCAGCUCACAAGUGGGAGAUGUGCUCCUCCAUUGACAAGCUUUCCUGGGGCUAUCGAAGCAACAUGAACAUUGCCGAGUUAAUGGAUGAAGCAAGUAUCAUUGAGGAGCUAGUACAGACUGUGAGUUUUGGAGGCAACUACCUUCUUAAUGUGGGACCUACAAAAGAAGGGGUGAUUGUUCCCAUCUUCCAAGAAAGACUUCUGGCCCUUGGGAGGUGGCUGGACACUAACGGGGAGGCAAUUUAUGAAUCAAAGCCAUGGAGAGUACAGAUGGAGAACAGCACAGACACGGUCUGGUACACUUCUAAGGGACCAGUUGUCUAUGCCAUCUUUCUGAUCUGGCCUCAGGGCAAUGUUUUGGAGCUAUCCUCACCCACUCCAUCCCCAGCGACACAAGUGUCGAUGUUGGGUUUUGCAGGGACUCUGAAGUGGCAGAAGUCCCCAGGUAAAGGACUGGUCAUAACUUUGCCCUACAUGCUUCCAUCUCCUCUACCUCCUCAGUCUGGCUGGACUGUCAAGCUUGAGGGUGUGAAGUGACGUCUGCAGGGGGAAAGCAGCAAUUUCCCUCUGCCUUUCUUUUAAAUUGAGUCUUAAGAAGAUUUUUCAUUUAUUGUUGAAUAAAUAGUUUUUCUCUUAAGAGAAUCUCACUUCUAAUCCCUUUUGCCUGUAAGCGAUCUGUAAGAUCAGUGGACCUUGUUUGGCAGCAAAGGACUGACCUCUCUGCUCAGCAGUGGGAAGCUGGGACAUCCUUUGCAGUAUUCUGCUGGGAUGUGACAGCCCAUCAGCCAAACAUCUACACUUGGAACAAGAAGGUUUUUUGAUAUAAAGCUGGGCUUCUUGGCCGAUGUUACUGCUUUGCUGCUGUGAUUACAGGUGAUGAUGUUGGACAGACUCAGAGUUGGUGGGAGACUGAACAGAGUUAGUACGGGGCAGUUAAGAGGACCUGCUUUGGGGUGUCAGGCCAGGCCACGCGGCACCUAGGUAUUAGUGCAUGAAGCUGCCUAGAGGAUGCAUGUCUGCCAAGGAGGAGAUGGACGUGUUAAUGGUGAGAGGAUUUGGACUGGUAGAGCAGCUCAGAGGACGUGGAGCAGUGGGAACUGUGUCCGUGUUCACGUGCGUGUCGCCAGCACUGGUAAGCCAGGCUACGCACGGCAGCAGGGUCCAUACCUCCCAGGCAGUAGCAGGUCUUGCCACUUCCCUGGCUUAAUUACUCAUCAAAAUUAAUUUUGAUAACCAGUGUGAUACUCUUAUAUGAGGAAUCAUGAAGCUUUGCAUGUGGUGGGCAUGUUCUAAUGAAGACCAACCACAGU